CAAAUGACCAAGAAAAUAUUUUUUGUCAUUCAGGAAGCGCCAUUCGCAGGCACAGAAAAACACAGAAUAACCCAGAGCAGGCCAUCAGCACCGGCUCGCCCAGACAUCACGCAUCAUAUUCUUCUUACUAUCAUAGAUUCGCCUUUAUACAAGGCCAACAAAUGCAAAGUUUACAUCAAAACGGUUAACAACAUUUUGGUAGAAAUAAACGAGGGAACACGAAUACCACGGACGAUGACAAGGUUUAUGGGACUGAUGAGGGAUGUGCUACGCAAGUUGAGGAUAAAAAGUGAGGAUAAGACGCUCAUGCGUGUAAUAAAGAGCAAAAUGGACUUUCCGCCUGGAGCAGUUAAAAUAGGCAUGUCACACGAGGGAGAAAGAAUUUGCAACGAGCAUUUUGCGGCAGAUAAUGUGGUUUUGUACGUGAGUGCCAAACAACGGGGAGAGGAUAGGUUUGAGGAUACAGACAUUCGUAUGAAGGUCAGUGACUACGAAUUGAGUGGUGCUGCAGCCGUCGGAAAGGCCAUAUACUUUAUUGAAGGCAUGCUAGACAUAUUUUAGAAGUAAAGUGUUG